CUGAAUUCUGGGAAGGUCUAAAAAUCUACCUGAAUUAAGUUAAAAAACUGACCCAACUAAAAAUAGCGACACAUUCUCUCCAAAGAGUCAACCAAAAAAUUUGUUUACAAUAAACAAUUCACUCGAAACUCUCUCUCAACUAACUCUCCAUCCAUCCAUCCAACAACCAUCUCACCAAAUCAUCAUCACCAUCCACACACACACACAACCACUGACUCUGUCUCCACAGUGUGGUUAUACUAAAAUUCCAUGACAACGAUUCAUACAAACAGAAGAGAAUUUCACUGGAGGAAAGCCACAAAAGAAAUUUUUAGUCCAAGAUUAGCAAUCCGCGAGGUUGGUUCGUUGUUACGAUGGAGACGACAAAAGUUAAAUUGGUGGGUGCUAGGAAACGGAAACCUGUCUCCAUCUCCAAGAUAACCAUGGAAACGAAGGAAUCUCUCGAGUAUCUCACAUCGCCCCCGGCUGAAGAAGUGGAACAAGAUUUUGCAGAUCCGAAUAAAUCCAAGUUAAAAUUAAUUCUGAGUGAAUUAAAGUUGAAAAAGAGCUUGCAAUCCCCACAAAACCACCUCCAAAAACCACACCCCCAAAUGGACAAAUCCCUACACCCACACCCCCAAAUAACCCCUGACCAAACGGAGCCCUUGGAUCUUUCCAUGGACGCCGUGGACUUGUCCAAGCAACGCAUCCAACAACAUCAUCCAACGAAUCCCAUGGUAACCAUGGCAACCUCACCACCCACACCGAAUCAAAUGAUGAUGUUUUAUCAGCAGUAUUUCCUCAACCAAACAUCAACAAGAGAUAAUAUGACAACCGGAAUGCAUAACAUGGCAACGAAUCUUGUUGAUCAUCACGGUUCUUCGGUUGCCAAUGCCGUUGCCAUGACGAUCAAUAAAAAUCAACCAACACAACCAUGGGAUGUUGUUACCAAGAAAAAGGAGGAGGUCCCAGUGGGCGGGGCAACCUCGAUUAAAAGGGGGAGGAGCUCAAUUAAUCAGGAGGAGUUUAGAAAAGAAAGCAAGAAAAAGUCCACCACAAAUGCGUCGGAAAUUAACAAACCAAAGCAGCGCCGGUAUCGGACCGAGCGCCCUUUCGCGUGCCCCCACUGCCCUGCGAGAUUCACUCUCAGAUCCAACAUGGAACGCCACGGGAAGCACCAGCACCCGUUGGUAUGGCAACGCUCCCCCUCGAACCGUGUCCUGAACAAACAAAAACUGUUGUCAUGCCAACCGACCCCUCCCACUCCAUCCACCCCACGUGACUCUUCAUCCCCACCCCCUCACCACCACCCAGAAUCCAGUAUUCGAGCCGUGCUAAGUUCAAAAUUGAAGAGGAAAUUGUCUGAAAAUGAAGAGUUGGCGAGUGUGGAUAAGCUUUUGAAGUUGGUUGAGGGAGGGGGGUUUCCAAGGGAUCAGGAAAAUCAUCAUCAUGAGGGGGAGGGUCAUCAUGAGGGGGAGGGGGAGGGGGAGAGUGAGGAUUACGAUGAAGAUGAAGAGGAUGAGGAUGGAGAGGAGGAGGAAUUUGAGGAAAAAAUGUCAAAAAAACAAAGUGCUUAUUCUUCUGCGCCGUUUAAGAUAAACUGCCCCCACUGUUCCCGGAGGUUCCCCUGGACGUCCUCCCUCCGUCGUCAUCUCCUGACGCACACGGGUCAAAAACCGUUCCAGUGUUCGAAAUGCCCCCUUUUGUUCACGACCAAGUCCAACUGCGAUCGCCACUUGAUAAGGAAACAUUCCAAGGCGGACAAUGAUCACAGUGGGGCCGAGGACGAGGACGAGGAGGGGGUCGAGGGGGAGGAGGAGGAAGAGUCUUCGGAGGAGGAGGGGUUAAUCCAUUGUGGGAAUAAUAAUAAUGGGGGGAGUGGUGCAGGUGGGGUGGGGAAUUGUGAGCCCAUGUUUAGAUGUCACAUCUGCCACGACUCCACGACGAUCCAAUCCACGUCCCGAAUGGAAAUUUUAGUUCACAUGGAAACUGAACAUUUAGAAAUUUACAAUGAAUUUAAAGAGAAGAAUUUAAUCUUGGUCGACGAUGGGAGCGUUGAGGACGGGGACCAGGGCAACAGGAAGGUGCUCUGCGUCUUCUGCCUCCGCCGGUUUUGGUCCGUCGAGGACUUGAGGAGGCACAUUCGGAGCCACACGGGGGAGCGUCCCUUUUCCUGCAAGUUUUGUUCCCGAAAGUUCACCCUGAAACAUUCCAUGAUGCGUCACUUGAAAAAGCAUGAAAUUCUGUAAAAUAAAAAGCGCCACCUCUGAGUAAUAAACUGAGUAACUUUCAUA